AUGCAUGCAAUUUCGCGACAUUCUGAAGAUCUGCUCCGUGACGUCAUCACAACCAUGACGUCGCGUGGAAUAACAAGUUCAACUCUGCCUUGCAUUCUGUACGACAUCGGCAGAAUGAAGGCUCGGUCAAAACCACCAUUAGAUAUUGAUAUGGGAGACUCGAAUACAUUUCGUUUCGGAGAAAAAGUACCAAGAGUUCGUUUUAAGGAGCCAAUGAAAUGCCGGGAGAAACUUUUACGUUAUCCCGGUGUGGAUGACAUGCUGAGUAGUGGUGGUAUCAGGAAAGAACCACUUGUACCUUAUGAAGACAAUGAAACCAAGGUCGAUCCUGACCAAUAUCUGCAACGCGGGGAAAAGAGAACGGAAGUAGACGAAAGCCUAUUGGAGAAUUAUAUUGGCAGAAUCUGCCUUUCUGCUGCUAUGGACGAGAAAGACAAUUACGGAAUCAUGGAUCCUUACGAUGGACACGUAACAAAUCCGGAAUCCCUCUUGCAAGCACUCGAGGAAAGUCGCUUCGAGAAGAAAACAAAAAAGGACAAGAAGGGAAAAUGGAACAAGAAGGAAAAAAGAAGAAAAAUGGCGGAAGAAUAUUUGACAGCAGACAAUUCCGAACAAUCAACAAUACCGGUUUUGACGAUUCCCCUGAAGGAGUUCCGACAUCUUAUCAACUCGGAAGUUGAGUCUAAGGCACGAGUAAUUCACGACUAUUACUUGUACCAGUGGGAUAGCAUGCAGAGAGAUCGGAUAGAUGCCUACAGGAGUCUUAUUACGUGGAAAGACCAGUAUGAGCAGGUGAAUAUCUUAUUGUGUCGAGCAAGACUAGAACUCGAGCGGAUGACUCUAUCACGUGAUUCUCUGGUGUCCGAGAUCGAGAAUAUCAAGAAAAACAAACGGAGGCGAAGUGGUGCUCAGCGGAGACGGACGCGAGAACUUGCUUCAAAAUCAAAGUCUAGCGCACAGGCGGAGAAUGAUGACCCUUCUACGUCCAGAAAUAUUGAAAGCAGCCAAAGCCUCGAAGAAGAUUGUUCUCGUUGA